GAACCCCCUUACCCUCCCCUUACCCUCCCUCCCCUCCCUCCCCUCCCCUCCCCUCCCCGCCCUUCAGUCCCCACACCGGAGCGCACAGGCAUGCGGGCGUCCUCGGGAGCGCACUGACUGUUCUGGUCCAGGGAGGAAUGGACUCCUCUGCACCCGACCAGAGGAGGGUUUGUAGGGUGGGAGAGGCAGCAGCUGAAGGCGUGAGGAGGAGGAGGAGGAAGAGGAUGAGGAGGAUGGUGCCGUCAGUUUCGAUUUAAUUCCUCAACCGGCUGCCUUUUAGCGCAGGGUGGAGAGGUGCAGUGUAGUCCGCCGCCUGGCAGUUAUAAUCCUCUUGCCGGGAGGAGCAGGGAAAGCCCUGUCCAGACUGAGGCAGAGGGAGGGAGGGAGAGAGAGGGAGGGAGAGUUUAAGUCGGGCCGGGAUAGAGAGAGUUGACAGGAGCGAUCGGUCAUAUCUCCAGCUUUUGUCCUUCUGCUGGAAACAUAAAGUUCAGAGACUGACAGAGACUCCGAGGAGGAUCAUUCAAGCUGUCCCACUUCACAUCAUGAGUGGACCGACAAAUGUUCAGUACCAGUCAGGUCUUUACGGAGGAAACAACAACAGCAGCUCUCCUCUCUCCAGCCGUGGAAAUUCACCCAUCGUGUGCGAGCGCUGUGGGGAGGUUUGUCGUGGGGAGGUGGUGCGCGUCAAGAACACGCACUUCCACGUUCACUGCUUCACCUGCCAAGUGUGUGGCUGUGACUUGGUUCACUCGGGUUUCUUCCACCACUCUGGAGAGUACAUCUGUACCGAGGACUACCAGCGACUCUAUGGGACCCAGUGUGACAGCUGUGAGCAGUACAUCACUGGAGAGGUGGUGUCUGCCCUGGGGAGGACGUACCACCCACACUGCUUCGUCUGCAGCGUCUGCAGGAGUCCGUUCCCAAUCGGCGACAGGGUGACCUUCUGUGGGAAGAAGUGUGUGUGUCAGCAGUGCUCACACUCUCUGAACAGCGACAAGCCCGUCAAGGUCCACGGACCAAGCUACUGUGCAGGCUGUGGCGAGGAGAUCAAACAGGGUCAGUCUCUGCUGGCUCUGGAGAGACAGUGGCACGUCAGUUGUUUUAAAUGCCGAACGUGCGGCUGUGCGCUCACUGGAGAGUACAUCAGCAAGGAUGGGAAACCUUACUGUGAGACCGACUACCACACACAGUUUGGGAUCAGGUGUGAGGGCUGUAACAGGUACAUCAGCGGCAGAGUCCUUGAAGCUGGAGGGAAGCAUUACCACCCCACCUGUGCCAGGUGUGCCCGCUGUCACAUGAUGUUCCUGGAAGGAGAGGAGAUGUACCUCACAGGUUCAGAGGUUUGGCACCCCAUGUGUAAAGAAGCAGCUCGGCUGGAGAGAAAACUGAGGCUGAGACGUACCUCUGAGACGGCGUCCAUUUCUCCUCCAGGCUCCUCGCCUCUCCUCGGAUCUCCUCACCGGCUCAUCUGUUCUAAGGCUGACGGUGAUGUUUUGGGCUAUAAGCAGCUGGCGGCUCUGCCCAGGGUCAAAGCCAUAUAUGACAUCCAGCGGCCUGACAUCAUCCCUUAUCAGGCCGACCAUGCGCACACACACCUCUCAGGCGACGCUCUUGAGCGAUACAGCUGUGGACAGUCAUUGAGCUCCUUAUCGCCGUACUCUCAUGAUGUUUUGGACGGCGUGGAGCUGAGAACGAGGCGUUCCUCCAGCUCAGCCUUCACCGACUCCCCUGCACACAGCCGCCACGGAGGAUCCCCACUGCAUUAUUAUCUCCCCGGCAGUGAGAGUGGCAGGAGUUCACCCUAUUACAGUCAGCCAGAGCCCAGGUGUGCUACACCCACCACCACCCUCCAAGCCCCCAAGCAUUUCCAUGUGCCAGCUUCUGAGGAAACCAACAUCUACAGGAAACCCCCCAUCUAUAAGAGACAUGAUGGCUCCGCCUCGCCAACAGCCAAUAAGAGUAAAACCAACGAGAAUCUCAUCAACUCCAGUCGCCUUUCCUCCUCCAACUGUAACAGCAUUUAUCACCCGGGCUCCAACUACUACCCUUAUACUGGCUCUCCAAAAGUCUCCAGAGUGAGGAGGUUUUCAUCUGGAGGAGAGGAGGAUGGAUGGAACCACAAUAUCAACAAGGGAAUUGGCAGGAUGAUCCUGAAGGAGGAGAUGAAGGCGCGGUCAGGUUGCCACGACAAUGACCAGUGGGGGAGCAGACGCAGUUCCCGCUGUAGCAGCAAGGAGGCGCUGAACAAUGUGGGCUACAGCUCCCUCAAUGGCUCUCCCCGGUCCGUCUACAGCGCAGACAGCGACUCGUACAUUGCGAAAUCGGCCUCGUUGCCAGGCUAUGGUAGAAAUGGACUAAACAGGCAGCCUGGAAGUGCUGGUGCAGAUUAUUACCAGUAUGACAGCAGUAAUGCAGUUAAUUGGCAGAUCAGAGAAUACAAGAUCUACCCAUAUGAAGCCCUAGUGGUGUCCGUCAGAGGGCAGCAGCGUCUCCCUGGCGACGUGGACCGAGCCAGACUGGAGCGUCACCUCUCACCGGAGGAGUUCUACAGAGUCUUUGGCAUGUCCAUGUCUGCCUUCGACCGUCUUGCUCAGUGGAAAAAGAACGAACUUAAGAAACAGGUCCGACUCUUUUGAGAGAAUGGCGUCACGACGAGGACAGUCUGACCCGGUGCAGGUCUACUGCCAAGUGUGUGCUUUGAAAAGUAGUCUCCAGAAAGGCCCGCUGACCCCAGACUGACUUUUUCCUCUCAGUGGAAGAGGAACUGGCUGAAAUGGAAAAAGUCUCUCUUCCCUUGAGGUGGCGAGAGCAGAACUGUUGGACCCACCACAGGCCUCCUGCUCUUGGAAACCUUAAACCGGUGUGUGCUUGGAGCUCUUCAGCAGUACCGGCCAAAAUGGGUAAAUUAGAGGAAGGAGAGAGUGAAGACUUCCAGGCACAGCAGAUAAGUCACACAGGAGCUGAAACAGACAGAGAAGUUGAGGAGUAGAGGGAGGAGUUGCCUGCUACUACCAGCAGGUGGCGGUGUGUUUACAUGAGCAUCUGGUCUGCCACUCUGAGCCAAACUGCAUAAAGUGAGGGAGGCAGUUUAGGAAAUGGGCUUGUUUUAAGACAGACUGGCAUGUUGUUGAAGGCUAAAAGGAUCCAGUAUAAGUCACAAACACCAAAACACUAUCAUCUGUGGCUCAUAAGCUGACAAGACAGGUAGACCAGCAUAGUGUGAAGGUCACUGAGCAUGAUGUACACAUGGUGUUUUUAUAAUGUGCUAAUACUGAAAACCAAAGGUUUUCUUCUUUUUUUUUAAUUGCUGGCAUGUGUUUGAUUUUGAUAUUUGAAGCCAUAUGGUUGGAGUUAAUUUCUAUGACAUGAACAGACUCUACAGUUCACUGAAGUGGUUUUAUUGAAACAUGAUGUGGUUGUAAGGUUUAAUGUGAAUGACCUGUGUCAUGACUGUGAGCUCAGAGACGUGUUAGGUUUAGAAAUCAGGUUUUAGUACUAUACACUCUUUAAAAUAAGUUAUUGUCCUUCGCUUAUUUUAUUUAAAAAAAAGUUCAUACUUGCAGCUGCUCUCAUGAAGAAGCUCAGAAUUUCAUCUGCUGGAUUACGAUGAAUUCAGACAGAAAAGUAUGUGCGUGCGUGUGUGUUUGAAAAUGACUAAUAAAAGAUUUCCAUGGAAGCCCUCUGAAUAGAGAAGAAGAAAACAUUAGUGAAGUGAGGGAAUGAAAUAGGAAGAGGUGAAGGAAGAAAGGAAGGAUGGAGAAAAGGAAGAAGGAACAAGGGAAGGAAUGUGCGAAGAGGAUAAACAAAGAAAGAUGCAAAUGGAAACACUCACAAAGGAAACUGAAGAAAGAUUUGAGGAGUCUCACAAAAGGAAAGUGUGAAGAAAGGAUUUGUGUUUGUGAUGAAACAGGUGUGAGAGAUCCGCCUGAGCUGAGAUGGAUUUAAUAGACACAGAAGGUGCAGGAGUGUUGUAACUGAGCGUAAUAGAUGGAGGAGUGGUGCUCGCUCUCUACUGUGGGGACUGAAACCAUGUGGAGUGUGUGUGUGUGUGUGUGUGUGUGUGUGUGUGUGUGUGUGUUUGUUUGUGCUUACAGGUCUGAAACAAUCACAUUUACCACAUUAACUGUGUCUGGAACGUUAAGUCUACAAACUAACUCAUUUUUGAAUUACUGGACUAACAUUUAUAAUUUAAUACCCCGUGUCUGUCACUACAACUUCUAAAUAAAUGAUUUAAAUGCCACUAUUUUUUAUUAUUGAUUCUCCUUGUUAUUUAUUAGUUUUCAUGAAUGUACAUGAUGAUGGUUUGAAUGGUGAACAGGCGUAUUUGUCUCAGACUUUUGGGUUUAUGGGUCAGUGGGUGUUUACAAGGAUUCAAGUCCAAAUCCCAAGAAUAUCCAGAAGUAUUUGAUUUUGUGGUUAUUUGUAAUGUGAUGUAAUUUGCAGUAGUUCACUAGAAAUAAAUUAAUGAAUUAUCUCGUGAUAGUUUGUUACUGUUACCUUAUGUUCAGAGCAGAUCUGAUAAAUCUGACAAUCUGAUAAAUUCUUAUAAUGGCAGUCAUGGCAGGAAUACAAACCAAGAAAUUAACUGAUGUGUUAACUUUGCUAUAAUGAUUCAAAUGUAUAGAGGUCCCCGACCUUUAUGGCGUAUGAGCCCUUUAAAAAAAGUCUAAUUUUGACUCCUCAUGACAAGUUGUCACCAGUUCAACCAAAAAGUGAUAUUUUCCUAAUCCUAUGGAGGCAAAAUAAUCCAGUAACUCACAUAAAAAAUGGCAACAAUAUAAAGUCUGGAUGAAACAUGAUUUUGUGUAGCAGAGAUAUGUUUUACUCUUCUGUUAAUCAUUCAACCCCUGGUGGGGUCCCCGACCUUUGGGUCAGGAACCACUGUCAUAGACUUUAUACCCAAAACACAUCCACACCUGGAAUAACUGUCGGCAGUCACCAUGGUGGCAAAAGUGUGUAUUCUGUUUGACUUAAAUAAAAGUAGCAAUGCUAAAAGCUCCAUUACAAGUAAAUGUAUUGCAUUCAAAAUGUUAGUAAUAGUAGGCUACGUAACAUUAGCAAAGGACUCAAAAUUAAAAGUAUACUGUGUAGAAAAAUUAUAUUAUUAUAUAAUCAUGUUUCAUCAUUAUUACCACAUCAUUGUUUUAGGUGUGAUUUUACUGUUGUUGGACCAGGUGGAGAUCAUUUAUAUUUCUGUAUAUGCUGUUGGGUUGUAUAUCUAUAACAAUACAUCACAUUUUUAUGAGUUCAUAUGUUUUACAUGUAAAAUUUGAAUUUGUAAUAGCAAAUAAAGCUGUCAAACAAG